GCAUCCCCAGACUGGGGUUCAGAGGGACCCCCACGCGUGAUGCUUCAAAUGGGGGCCCGUAUAACACGACUCGGCGAUGACCAGAUCGGAAAAUCUGGCAGUAGAGUACGCCCGCGGGAGGAGGCCGCUCUAAGGCUCGUGGGCAACCAGACGGAUGUUCCGGUCCCUGAAGUGUACUUCGGUACCUACAAUGAGAACCAUGGCGACCUAUUCAUGAGCAUCAUUCCAGGAUCGCCUCUCAAGGACCACUGGGAUACUCUCGAUGAGAAAACAAAGGAGCGUCUCUGUCGCGACAUUUGGAGCCUGAUCGGAAAGAUUCGACAGAUCCCGAAACCACCCGAAUUCAAAGACUUCUUCCUUUGCUCUGCCGACGGGACUUGCAGCCAGGACGUGUAUAUCGAAGAUCUCAAGUCUCCUCCCCAGCCUCUUAUCGAUGAUGCUGCCGUCCGAGCUCGGAUAUUUGAACGCUACUAUCACUUUUAUGGCCGAAGAUAUACCAAAGAGGAGAUACUUGCUAUGCUUCCUAGCUCUCAGAGCUCCGUCUUUACGCACUGCGACAUAGCGCCAGGAAAUAUCAUGAUCGACGACCAUACUCACAAUAUCACUAGGCUUAUUGACUAAGAGUUUGCUAGCUAGUAUCCAGAUUAUUAAGAAUAUCUAAGAAUCCAUAAAGCUGUUAACAAUGACGAUUGGCGGGACUGGAUGCACCGUACAGCACCGCAGAAAUGGGAUUUGGCAGGUUUCGUCGCAGUGAGUAGAGUGCUGUUCUGAGGUCCGAAGAUAGAGGACGUUCUCGGAGGGGAAGGGUUAGUAGGGAAAUUUGUGCACUCCAAUUGAGACUGUACGAUCUUUGAAGGUUGUAAGAUACGGGAGACGUCUCGCUUUGAAUGGUGAGCACUGAACUUGAUUGUGAGGAUGCGGAACUGCGCUGUGACCAAAUCCUGG